AUGGCAGAUUCGUGUGCUGCCGCAGGCGGCGACAAUUCAGGCCCCAUCCAGACAGAGGUCGUCAAAGCCGAGUGCGAGUCGACCCAGCCUGGCGGCGACGGCAAUGUGCAGCCGACAAUGCCGUUCUCGUCGCCAGUCCGCCUCUUCGCUCACAUCCGUGAGAUCGACGCCACUGUGAAAGCGAUGCGCCCGCGCUUGAGAGCCUUCGUUGAGCUGAUGCUGAAGUCUGCGCUGGGCGCCCAGAAGCUGCACAAGCUCGCGGCCACCAGAGUGGGCGGCUCUUGGCACGAUCACUUCGACAAGGACGCGUCGGGCGACACUGUCCUGAGACAUUUCAACCACAACGUUGCGGUCAUCGACAAGAUUAUCAUAUACCUUGAGAGCCUUCACUUGCUUGCCGACCCAGACUGGUGGCUCGACGGCGAGUCACUUUCAAAGAGCAGCACCAAGCCCGACGAGCAGGCCCUCUGCAACUUCAGCAAGGUCCACCACGAGCACACCUCAGUCACGCCCUUCACCGUGCUGACCUCAUCCACCCUCGAUCUCCCCGAGGUCGGAGAUGACAUCGCAGCGUUGUUCGCGGCGUUUGCUGAGCAUGUCGGCCAGCGCAUGUACGACUUCAAGGCUACAGCGUUCUUGGUAGAUAAGAGUUCUACGAUUUCUGACGUGGAGGUGCUCCUGGGGAGCGUUCACGCCGACGUCUUAAAGGAGUGCGACGACUCGGCCCUGUAUCCUCACUUGCUGCCUAAGGGCGAUGCCGACAAUGUUGCGAAGCUUGCGCCCAUUGAUGUUUCUGGAAGCAAAGGGGAUCCCAAGGUGUUGGAGCUUCUCCCUCAUAACCGAGCUCUCGAGCACCUGCGAUGCUUCAUCAGAGCAGUCAUGCUGACGGAGAUCGACGUCCCUGGCAUGUUCUACUCAACUGUGGAUGCACCGGAGCCCAGCAUCGACCUGUGCAUGUUCGCUAUGGAGCUCAAGUGCGCUGUCGCCGACGUGGUCGCAGUCAUUUCCUCAGCCGAGGUGGCUAUAGGCAGGAAGGCUCGCUCCAAGGAUAAGCAGUUCAUGAGUCAAGGGUACCUCUGCGGGACGGCCACCUUCAUAUUGCAGAUCCUCCACGGUGCGCGACAGAAGCUGGACAGCAUGGCCAACGACCCCAGGGCCAUGGAGUUCGAGAAGACAGGCUGGCAGCUCCGCGAGUCGAUCCACACCAUGCGUCACUGGUGCUUGUUGGCGGCAAGAGUCAGCGGGCGUUACGAGAGCAUGCUCUUGCUGGGCAUGGCCGAGGUCUUGACCAACGAGGGACAGGCGACGGCAAAGGUCACCCCUACUUGGACAGCAUGUUUCGUCGACGACGUGUUCAACGAGACGAUGGCAAUGGCGAUGCUCAAGAACAAGCUGGACGUCGUGAUCAACCGCCACAACUCACUCCACACCUGCAUCAAGGCCUUCUCCACGUCAGCAGCCGUGCUGUCCAUCAACCCCCGCGUGCAGGACCACCCGACGACGUCCGAGUCAGUGAACGUGGCACUCCAGUUGCUGAAGGACGCUGCGGAAGCAAGCGUGGUCAUCAGGGGCGUCGACCUGUUGACUGCGUAUCGUCAUCGCCCUGAGGGGCCGACGAAAGCGACGGAGUUCUUGACGGAGAACGAGGGUCGCUACCCCAAGGUACCGCAGUGCUUCUGGCAGUUGUUCAAGGACCUGCAGGCGCACGCACUUCCAGCCCAGCCUUUGCCAGCACAGGCUGGCGAGGCGUUGGCCCCUGGCGCAGGCGCGUCUGGGGGCGGAGCCCACCUCGCGCCAGCCAAGAAAAGCUUAGCGGACGGGUCUAUUCACACUCCGACCCCAAAGAAGCCGCCUGCCCCGAGUUCAGCCGAUGGCAGUCAGCACGUGAAGGCCAAGGCCCCUAGCGUUUCAGAUCGCCCCGCCAAGGGUUUCAAGCGCGCCAAGCGCUCCUGA